UCCCCCUAUAUAUAUUACCGAUCUUCUCUCGUCAAACAAUCAACAAAAUUUGCGUCUUUUUCGCACCUUUUCAUUCAUCUUGUGAGAUGAUUUCUAGCUUCAAUUGAUAAUACAAAACAGAAUCGUAUCUAAUUCCUCUUCUUCCUCCUCAAAUUCUCCGAUAUGGGUCUCAAAGGAUUCGUCGAAGGAGGCAUUGCUUCAAUCGUCGCCGGUUGCAGCACUCACCCACUUGAUCUAAUCAAAGUCCGAAUGCAAUUACAAGGCGAAUCUAACAUAAACCCUAAUCCAUCAACUGUCCGUCCACCUAAAAUGGGUCCAAUCGCCGUCGGAUUUCAAAUCAUCCGACAAGACGGAGUUAAAUCACUAUUCUCCGGCGUAUCCGCCACCGUUCUCCGACAAACCAUGUAUUCAACAACCCGAAUGGGUUUAUACGAUAUUAUGAAAAACAAAUGGACAGAUAAAGAAUCUGGUAAUCUCUCACUUCAUCUGAAAAUAACAGCCGGUUUAAUCGCCGGCGGAAUUGGCGCCGCCGUUGGUAACCCAGCUGAUUUAGCGAUGGUUAGAAUGCAAGCAGAUGGUCGUCUUCCUUUAGAACAACGUCGGAAUUACAAAAGCGCGAUUGAUGCGAUUACUCAGAUGACAAAGAACGAAGGUAUUACUUCUUUAUGGCGUGGAUCAGGGCUAACUGUGAAUCGGGCUAUGCUUGUUACGGCAUCGCAGUUAUCAUCUUAUGAUCAGAUUAAGGAAAGUAUAUUGAAGAAAGGGUUGAUGAAAGAUGGGAUUGGUACCCAUGUGACGGCGAGUUUUUCUGCCGGAUUUGUGGCGGCGGUGGUUUCUAAUCCAGUGGAUGUGAUAAAAACUAGGGUUAUGACUAUGAAAGUUGAAGAGGGAAAAGCACCGCCUUAUAAUGGAGCCGUUGAUUGUUUGAUGAAGACGGUUAGAUCUGAAGGGUUGAUGGCUUUGUAUAAGGGUUUUAUUCCGACCAUAUCUAGACAAGGACCGUUUACUAUUGUGCUCUUUGUUACACUGGAACAGGUCCGUAAGUUGCUUAAGGAUUUCUAGAUGAUGAUGAUGAAAACAAUCUUUGAUUAAGUAAUUUCAAAUAAGAUCAAGAAAAAGUAUUUCAUUGUUUAGAAUAAUGGGUUUUAUUUUUAUUAUAUUAUAGAAACUAUUUUAUUGA